CACGUGGGCAUUGCGGCCCUCCUGAUCAAGUUCAACGUGUGUGUGUGUGUGUGAAAGCCACAGACAAGUGGGCCUUCACCCCUUUCCACGAGGCGGCUCAGAAGGGCCGUACUCCGCUGUGUGCUCUACUGCUGGCCCACGGAACUGACCCUAUCAUGAAGAAGUAGGAGAGACAGACCGCACUUGACCUGGCCACGAUACGCAUCCUUCCUCUGCUAGUGCUAACAGUAGAUAACAUAAAGAUGUCAAAUGAAAAGUGUUCCCAUCAGUAUUCUCUGAUUCUCAACAUAAACAAGAGAGCUCUCAUAAGUUUUUUGCUCAGAAUGGUAGACAUAGUGAAUGUAUGCAUGUGUUAAAUUUUUCUAGUUGCACAACUGUCUGACGAUGAUGUAGUCUGCUCACAAUAAUUCCCAUCAAAUAUAUUUUGACACACAUGGCUAGGGAAAGCCCUUAUCACCCAGUAACUCUCCCUCUGACCACAUCCUCCUCCUUCCUCAGGCUGAUGAUAUCCGUACACUGUUGAUGUACACUAUGCCCCCUGAUGCAGAGAAGAGGGAUCACCAGCUCAUCAAACUGUCCAUUCUCUGGAGGGGACAACAGAAAUUGCUCAAUCGGCACUUGAUUGCCACCCAGCCAAACAGACUGAUAUUUUAAUGCAGAAAUUCUUGAGCUAUUGUAUUUUAACAUUUUGUGUGUAUUUCUUAGAAGCUGGCAGGCUAGUGGGGGGCUGUUCUGAGGUUCAAACAGUUUCAUUGUGUUAAAUAUCUGCUCAUAAUUAGUUAUCAGUUAUUACAUACCUAAAGAUUAGCUGUGGAAUAUUCCACUCUAUUAGGAUAUUAUUGCUUUGUAACUCGUGUAAAGUAGAGUGCCUCCUCCACCAUUCCUUCAGGGUUGCAAUGUUAAAUGUGAAACUCUAUUCUCUUAUAAGCUGAGGUGAACUGAUGGACAGUGGACCAACAGCAGUCGGUAUGUAACCUGACACCACUGGAGGUCUUGAUGGUAUUUGUUUAGAACAGGAAAGAAAACAAGUAGUCGGCCGGUAAAAUUAUAUAUUUAUAGUGGCUCCAGUUCCAAAUACAGUAGUUAAGUGCCACUGGAGGUCUUUACAGUGUCGAAGAACUCUUGGAGGUGGUCCAGGCUGAGCUUGUGGGUGAGCUUGUUGUUCAGGAGGUGGGGGAGCUGGGGCUAUACCAGGCUGUGAUUGGAGCUUGACGAGGCCCUCUCAGCGAGGACACGUAGUCGUACGCCUCGAACAGGAAGGAGUAGAGUACACAGUAAUCAUCAUGGAAACGACUUGGGUGCCAUAUAUAAUUAACUGGGUGGAGUCUUAUGCAACCGUGUUGACUCCGCAGAGCUAAUGUUUCAUUAAAGAAGAAAACAAGAGAGGAGAACUAUGAAUUGCCUAAUCUCUUUACAACUUAGGCCCAUAACCUAUAGUUCAUUCUAUUGGUUUUGAGUACCACCUUGGCUCAAAUAUCCAGUAGGGCCCUUUCUGAAAUGAGAUGGGAUAAAACUAUUAGUUGUUUUGGAGGUGUAAUGGCUCAAACUGUAUUGUCCCCAGAUGUUCAUUUUGUUGCAGGUAGGGGUAACAUAAUACAGAACAACUGAGUUCUUUAUGGCACCGCUCUCUGCUUGACAAUGCAAAGUGGGUCGACUAUCGUUUUAAUCUCCUUUGACUUGAUAUAUGAAAAUGUCUCCAUGUUUUUAUUUGUUUAGUUUUGUCCUGUUUAGCUCAGUUGGUUGAACAUGUUGUUAGCAACACCAGGGUUUUGGGUUUUAGUCCGGCCGGGACCACGCAUACCAGAUCACCCUGCAGCGCCAGUGGAGGACUGCCAGGGGGAGCAAGAUUAACAAAACACGGCUAUCGGUGAACAAUGUGCUGGCCAUAUUUGUUUGAGGUUUGGGUGGGCACUGGGUUAGGCAUCCUCACAUAAAACAUGAUAGCCCUGGCCUAUUUCUGCGUGACAAGAGUUCAUUAAACCCCUUUGGGAAAGUGUGUUUUUUAGAUACCAUGCACCAUAGUCUUAAACAGUUAUUGUAGAGGGCAGCACAUAAUAAGGCCAGGGCUUUAUGUUUUAUGUGAGGAAUGAAUAUGAUUGAAUCCAUUCUUACUCUGAUGCAGCACUCGUUGAUUGUUUUGAAUAGCAGGACAGAAAUAAAAUACCUCAUGCUGUACUCAUGUUGAAAAGACUGGUCUAAGUGAUCUCUUCGUAUGCUAUGUUGGUUUGACAUCACUGCAGUGAACAAUGCUCCUUCCUUUAAAGCCUGAAUUACUGUCUCCCCCAGUCCAGGUAAUGCCAAUGGCUUUUAUGUGACAGUAAUCUCAGUGACUCUGAAAAUACAUUAUGUUGAGCAUCUUAUAGAAUCCUUGAGUUGGUAGGGGAGGGAUUUGGCCGGCAGGGGAUGUAGCUCAGUUGGUAGAGCAUGGCGUUUGCAACGCCAGGGUUGUGGGUUCGAUAAAAUAAUGUAUGCACUAACUGUAAGUCGCUCUGGAUAAGAGCGUCUGCUAAAUGACUAAAAUGUAAUGUAUGUAAAUGUAUAUUAUACUACUUACAUUAAUAUUUCUAUCACUUAGAAUUUUCUAAAAAGUUAUACAAGGCAACUUUACUGAUUAAUUGGGACAAGGCUCUAAUUAUUAAUAGUCAUAAACUGCUUAACUUUUAUCUGCUUUAGAUUGGCAUAUGUUGACUUUGGAGGAAGGUGGCUAGAUGGAUUCAGAUGCUAAACUUCUCCAAUACAGUAUUCAAAUAAGUCAAAUAAAUCUGAUUUGUGUUUAAAUUAAUUAAUUCGUUUUGGGUUAUAGAAGAAAUAUACCAAACAAGUCAUGAAUUACCUUGAUCCAUGGCAGCAUGCAAUAACUUUUAAUUUUGAAAAAUGUGCGUAGGACAGACAUCAUACAUCUGCAUCAUAUCUGCACACACAAGUAAUUACCUUCCCUGGUGUUGGUGAAUACUGAAAAGCUGUUUCACUCAUGCAUAAAUUAGGCUCACGCCUCGAUCACUACAAGUAGCCUGUGACCAUUUUCCCUAUAAUUGUUUUUGGCACUGAGCAAAUUUCAAGUCUGCUGUGCGCAAACUUCAACAUUGUGAAAAUUCUGUGCAACUUCCAGUGCGCGUUUACUGUGAACACUGAAGCUGUACCCACAGUUUCAGACAGUGGUCAAAUAGGCUACUGUGGCUAUUUGAUCACAAUGUAGGCCUACCAGAGUGGCCUACCAUCAAAAAUAAUGGAUAAAAUGCAUCCCAUAACAUUUUAACAUGGGAAUAGCUGUUGUAGCAUUCAGCCUACAAUAGCAGCCAAUGUGUGGUGGUCAAUUUUCAAACAGAAAUUUGCAUCCUGUAGCACUAACUCCAAAAAGUUUUGGGACACUGUAAAGUCCAUGGAGAAUAGGAGCACUUCCUCCCAGCUGCCCACUGCACUGAGGCUAUGAAACACUAUUACCACCGAUAAAUCUACAAUAAUCGAGAAUUUCAACAAGCAUUUUGCUACGGCUGGCCAUGCGUUCCACCUGGCUACCACUACCCCGGCCAACAGCUCUGCACCCUCCGCUGCAACUUGCCCAUGCCCCCUCCACUUCUCCUUCACACAAAUUCAGACAGCUGAUGUUCUGAAAGAGCUGCACAAUCUGGACCCCUACAAAUCAGCUGGGCUAGACAAUCUGGACCCUUUCUUUCUAAAACUAGCCGCCGAAAUUGUCGCAACCCCUAUUACUAGCCUGUUCAACCUCUCUCUCGUAACGUCUGAGAUCCCCAGAGAUUGGAAAGCUGCCGCGGUCAUCCCCCUCUUCAAAGGGGGUGACACUCUAGAUCCAAACUGUUACAGACCUAUAUCCAUCCUGCCCUGCCUUUCGAAAGUUUUUGAAAGCCAAGUUAACAAACAGAUCACCGACCAUUUCGAAUCCCACCGUACCUUCUCCGCUAUGCAAUCCGGUUUCCGAGCUGGUCAUGGGUGCACUUCAGCCACGCUCAAGGUCCUAAACGAUAUUAUAACCGCGAUCGAUAAUAGACAGUACUGUGCAGCCGUCUUCAUCGACCUGGCCAAGGCUUUCGACUCUGUCAACCACCGCAUUCUUAUUGGCAGACUAAAUAGCCUUGGUUUCUCAAAUGACUGCCUCGCCUGGUUCACCAACUACUUCUCAGAUAGAGUUCAAUGUGUCAAAUCGGAGGGCCUGUUGUCUGGACCUAUGGCAGUCUCUAUGGGGGUGCCACAGGGUUCAAUUCUUGGGCCGACUCUUUUCUCUGUGUAUAUCAAUGAUGUCGCUCUUGCUGCUGGUGACUCUCAGAUCCACCUCUACGCAGACGACACCAUUUUGUAUACAUCUGGCCCUUCAUUGGACACUGUGUUAACAAACCUCCAAACGAGCUUCAAUGCCAUACAACACUCCUUCAGUAGCCUCCAACUGCUCUUAAACUCUAGUAAAACUAAAUGCAUGCUCUUCAAUCGAACGCUGCUGGCACCCGCCCACCCGACUAGAAUCACUACUCUCGACGGGUCUGACCUAGAGUAUGUGGACAACUACAAAUACCUAGGUGUCUGGUUAGACUGUAAACUCUCCUUCCAGACUCACAUUAAGAAUCUCCAAUCCAAAGUUAAAAUCCAGAAUCGGCUUCCUAUUUCGCAAACAAAGCCUCCUUCACUCAUGCUGCCAAACAUGCCCUCGUAAAACUGACUAUCCUACCGAUCCUUGACUUCGGCGAUGUCAUUUACAAAAUAGCCUCCAACACUCUACUCAGCAAAUUGGAUGUAGUUUAUCACAGUGCCAUCCGUUUUGUCUCCAAAGCCCCAUACACUACCCACCACUGUGACCUGUACGCUCUUGUUGGCUGGUCCUCAUUACAUGUUCGUCGUCAAACCCACUGGCUCCAGGCCAUCUAUAAAUCACUGCUAGGCAAAUCCCCGCCUUAUCUUAGCUCAUUGGUCACCAUAGCAACACCCACCCGUAGUAUGCGCUCCAGCAGGUAUAUCUCACUGGUCAUCCCCAAAGCCAACUCCUCCUUUGGCCGCCAUUCCUUCCAGUUCUCUGCUGCCAAUGACUGGAACGAAUUGCAAAAAUCUCUGAAGCUGGAGACUCGUAUCUCCCUCACUAACUUUAAGCAUCACUUGUGAGAGCACCUUACCGAUGACUGCACCUGUACACAGCCCAUCUGAAAUUAGCCCACCCAACUACCUCAUCCCUAUAUUGUUAUUUAUUUUGCUCAUUUGCACCCCAGUAUCUCUAUUUGCACAUAAUCUCUUGCACAUCUAUCAUUCCAGUGUUAAUACUAAUUGUAAUUAUUUUGCACUAUAGCCUAUUUAUUGCCUUACCUCCAUAACUUGCUACAUUUGCACACACUGUACAUAUAUUUUCUGUUGUAUUUUUGACUUUAUGUUUUGUUUUACCCCAUAUGUAACUCUGUGUUGUUGUUUUUAUCGCACUGCUUUGCUUUAUCUUGGCCAGGCCGCAGUUGUAAAUGAGAACUUACAACUGGCUUACCUGGUUAAAUAAAGGUGAAAUACAUGUUUUUUUUAUGUAGCCCUACAUUCCAUGACUUUUGAGGAGAGAAAAAAGCAUGCAGGGCUUGACAUUAAACUGUUUAUCCACUUGUCAUUCAGACAAGGAGGUGACUGAAUGUUGUGUUGUUUGAUGCAAGAAACCAUUAUUAUUCCCAUACCAUUAUAACAGAGAAUUAGACAAAUUAUGCUAAUAUGCUACCUCUGCGUAUUGGCUACUUAGCUUAUUCAAGCCUGUCUCAAAAUACAAUACUGCCCCUUUAAGACAAAAAAAAAAGCUCUUAACCAGACUCGCUUUUUAAAGAUACAUAGAAAUGUACACGUUUUGAAUUAUUGUAGGAAGCAAUCACUCUUCCAUUACUGACUACAAAUAAUAUAUAACUUGGCUAAUAACUCACUAACUAGCAAAGGAUAUGAACAGGAUAUGCGCUUUGAUCUCAAACCAAGCGCCUCUUGGUUAUUCUGCACGGGUCUAUGUAGAGUAUGGCUGAGUCGUGCAUGUCAAUGCAAUAGAAUCCUACUCCGAUGCGUUCUGCUACAACAAAAUAUCUUGCAUAGUUAGUUUCCCAUACUAAAUCUUGCAUAGUUCGUUUUGUUUCGGUAUGUUGCAUUGAAAAUGGCUAAUAUUGAAUUGAUUCGAUCACACAGUAAAGGGAAACGUUGAUAUUUUUAAGUAAGUGGGAAAACUCUAGAAAUUUGAGUGAAGUUUAAUCUCGUGUUUCUCUUCGCUGGCUGAUAUUUCUGCUGCACUGCAGUCCCGGGGAGCUGCGCAAAGUUUAGAGGGAACAUUGCCUAUGACCAUAUAUAAUCCAGUAAAUAAACUCCCCAAAAAUGCCAUAUUGUUCGAAAAUUGUCGUACUUGUAUCAUUUCUCACGCUGAACAAAACCUGAUAGUGCCAUUUCAACAAGCCUCAGGAUGGCAUGUAGCGCUCCCUAUAGGUAAAUGGUGAAAAUGCAUUUGCCUGCUUUUACGGAUCUACAUGAUCCCAAAAUAACUAUAAAAGUAUAAUAAAGUAUGUGGACACUUGCUCAUCGAACAUCUCAUUCGAAAAUCAUUAAUAUGGAGUUUGUCCCCCCUUUGCUGCUAUAACAGCCUCCACUCUUCUGGGAAGACUUUCCACUAGAUGUUGGAACAUUGCUGCGGGGACUUGGUUCCAUUCAGCAACAAGAGCAUUAGUGAGGUCGGGCACUGAUGUUGAGCAAUUCAUCCAAAAGGUGUGCUAUGAGGUUGAGGUCAGGGCUCUGUGCAGGCCAGUCAAGUUCUUCCACACCGAUCUCGACAAACCAUUUCUGUAUGGAUCUCGCUUCGUGCACAGGUGCAUUGUCAUGCUGAAACAGGAAAGGGCCUUCCCCAAACUGUUGCCACAAAGUUGGAAGCACAGAAUCGUCUAGAAUGUCAUUGUAUGCUGUAGCGUUAAGAUUUCCCUUCACAGGAACUAAGGGGCCUAGCCCAUUAUUCUUCCUCCACCAAACUUUACAGUUGGCACCAUGCAUUCAGGCAGGUAGCGUUCUCCUAGUAUCUGCCAAACCAAAAUUUGUCUGAUGGAAGUUACAAUCUAUCUGCAAUAUUAAGCUGAUCUACCCCCCCAGAAAAAAUUAAAUAAUUAUAAUAAUUAUAAUUAGUCCGUCGGACUGCCAGAUGGUGAAGCGUGAUUCAUCACUCUAGAGAACGCGUUUCCACUGCUCCAAAGUCCAAUGGCGGUGAGCUUUACACCACUCCAUCCGAUGCUUGGCAUUGCGCAUGGUGAUCUUAGACUUGUGUCCGGCUGCUCGGCCAUGGAAACCCAUUAACUCUUCAGUACAGGACAUUCUAAUGCCAAUGUUUGUCUAUGGAGAUUGCUUGGCUGUAUGCUCUAUUGUAUACACCUGUCAGCAACGGAUGUGUCUGAAAUAGCCGAAUCCACUCAUUUGAAGGGGUGUCCAUAUACUUUUGGCCAUGUAGUGUAGCUAAAUGUUUGUAUUGGUUUGGGGAACAACCAAAACCACAUGGUCUUUGCUUUUACCUUGAUGAUCGCAACAAUUAAAUUUACAUUUUAGUCAUUUAGCAGACGCUCUUAUCCAGAGCGACUUACAGUUAGUGAGUGCAUACAUUUUCAUACUGACUGCUGAUAAAGACCAUCAGAAAUCACAGUAAAAAUGUUAUACUCUCACUUUCAAAGUGGUGUAUUAAAUACAAAAUAUAUAUAUAUAUAUAUAUAUAUAAUAAUAUAUAAUAUAUAAGUCAUCCCUGAAGUCUACAGGUUACAAUGAUAUAUAAUAUGAUAUUAUAUACUGUGUCACUUUGAGGAAAUGUGACAGGAAAUAUUUCCUGUACAUGUCACUAGGUAAAAUCCCUUUAGGAAUGCAUUAUAUCCAGCAGGGAGAUAAGUAACCCAUUUGAACAAAAUGCCUUUAUGAUGACACAACAUGUCUAGGUAUAGUGUCAAUGCAGAUUUAAUCUAUUACACUGUAGGGCAGCUGUUUUCAAAUAUGGCCGCCAACCAUCUUAGGACAGGAUUCAUAUGGCUGUAUUUCCAGAGAAAAUAGCUAUAUAAUGCCCAAUGAUGGCUUAAAAUGUUUGAGGUUGUGUGGAGAACACAAUAAAAUGGCCCAAAUAUGCCAUACCAGUCAAAAGUUUGGACACACCUACUCAUUCCAGGGUUUUUCUUUAUUUUUACUAUUUUCCACAUUGUAGAAUAAUAGUGAAGACAUCAAAACUAUGAAAUAACACAUAUGGAAUCAUGUAGUAACCAGAAAAGUGUUAAACAAAUCUAAAACUAUUUUAUAUUUGAGAUUCUUCAAAGUAGCCACCCUUUGCCUUGAUGACAGCUUUGCACACUCUUGGCAUUCUCUCAACCAUCUUCAUGAGGUAGUCACCUGGAAUGCAUUUCAAUUAAAAGUUGUGCCUUGUUAAAAGUUAAUUUGCGGAAUUUCUUCCCUUCUUAAUGCCUUUGAGCCAAUCAGUUGUGUUGUGACAAGGUAGGGGUGGUAUACAGAAGAUAGCCCUAUUUGGUAAAAGACCAAGUCCAUAUUAUGGCAAGAACAGCUCAAAUAAGCAAAGAGAAACGACAGUCCAUCAUUACUUUAAGGCUUGAAGGUCAGUCAAUCUGGAACAUUUCAAGAACAUUGAAAGUUUCUUCAACUGCAGUCGCAAAAACCACCAAGCGUUAUGAUGAAACUGGCUCUCAUGAGGACCGCCACAGGAAAGGAAGACCCAGAAUUACCGCUGCUGCAGAGGAUAAGUUCAUUAGAGUUAACUGCACCUCAGAUUCCAGCCCAAAUAAAUGUUUUACAAAGUUCAAGUAACAAACACAUCUCAACAUCAACUGUUCAGAGGAGACUGCGUGAAUCAGGCUUUCAUGGUUGAAUUGCUGCAAAGAAACUACUACUAAAGAACACCAAUAAUAAGAAGAGACUUGCUUGGGCCAAGAAACAUGAGCAGUGGACAUUAGACUGGUGGAAAUGUGUCCUUUGGUCUGAUGAGUCCAAAUUUGAGAUUUUUGGUUCCAACCGCCAUGUCUUUGUGAGACGCAGAGUAGGUAAACGGAUGAUCUCCGCAUGUGUGGUUCUCAUCGUGAAGCAUGGAGGAGGUGUGAUGGUGUGGGGGUGCUUUGCUGGUGACACUGUCUGUGAUUUAUUUAGAAUUCAAGGCACACUUAACCAGCAUGGUUACCACAGCAUUCUGCAGCGAUACGCCAUCCCAUCUGGUUUGCUCUUAGUGGGACUAUAAUUUGUUUUUCAACAGGACAAUGACCCAAAACACACCUUCAGGCUGUGUAAGGGUUAUUUGACCAAGAAGGAGUGUAAUGAGUGCUGCAUCAGAUGACCUGGCCUCCACAAUGACCCGACCUCAACCCAAUUGAGAGGUUUGGGAUGAGUUGGACCGCAGAAUGAAGGAAAAGCAGCCAACAAGUGCUCAGCAUAUGUGGGAACUCCUUCAAGACUGUUGGAAAAGCAUUCCUCAUGAAGCUGGUUGAGAGAAUGCCAAGAGUGUGCAAAGCUGUCAUCAAGGCAAAGGGUGGCUACUUUGAAGACUCUAAAAUAAAAAAUAAAAUUCACCUCUCACUAAAACCAAUAGCCUACUAUCUCCAUCUACCGGCCAUAGUUAAUCCCUACCACAUAUGUGUGAACUCCUUUUCUUUCCUAGAUCCCUUUCCUCCUUUUCUUUCCUUUUAUCCAAGAUCCCUUUGUUCCUCCUUUCCUAGCUUCCUUUCCUACUUCCUUUCAUAUUUUCAUAGUUCCCUUUCCUCCUUUUAUUUCCUAGAUCCCUUUCAUUUCGUCCAAUGAUAGCUCCCUUUCCUUUCCUCCCCUCCCCUACUGUGCUUUCCUGGCUCCCUUUCUUCCUUUCCUAUCUCCCUUUCCUUUCCUUUCAAAGGUCCCUUACCUUAUUUUCUUUCCUAUCUUCAUUCCUCCUUUCCUUUCCCCCUAUCUGUUCUGAGCUUCCCUUCCAUGAUCCCUUUCCUUCCCUAGCUUCCUUUCCCCCUUUCCUAGCACCCUUUCAUUUCCUCCUAUCCUUUCUGAGAUUCGUUUUCUUUCCUCGUUUUCUUUCCUAGCUCCCUUUUCUUCCCUCCUUUUCUAGAUUCCUUUCCUUCUUUCAUCUCUAGCUCCAUUUCCGCCUUUCCUUUCCUAGCUUCCUUUCCUUCCAAAUGCUAACAGUAUAUAUUUUUUUACAAAUCCUUAGUUUUUCUACAUACAGAUGUGACUUGUUGCAACUCAUAAAAUAAAUAAACGUAGUUCCUAUUGUACAUUAAUUUCCUCUCUUCCUUUUCCAAUUUAAUGCAUGGAAAAGAUCAUGUAUAACAACAUUCAGGGAACCUUAGCGAAAAUUGCUAAUUAUCAAGGUUCAUGUUUUUAUUUUAAAAGUAACUCAAUUACUUUCACUCUACUUUUUAAAUGAGCUAAUUUCUACUUUUACUUGUAGUUUGUUUUACACCAGUAAUAGUGCUUCUACUUGAGUAACAUUUCAUUAAAGUAACAGUACUUCUACUUGAGUAGAAUAUUUCAGUACUCUUUCCAUCCCUGUUUACACGGUCAGUCCAAAAGUAUUGGCACCCUUGAUAAAGAUGAGCAAAAAAUAAACAUAAAUAUAAAUACUGAGCUAUAUUGUAUGCUCCAAAAAAUGGGGAAAUAAUAUUAUUUUAUACUAAUACUAUUGCUCAGAGAAAGAGAUUUUGUUUACAAAGUGAUAUUUAUUUCUCAAAAAGAUAGGGGUCAAAAUUAUUGGCACCCCUGUUUUCAAUACCUUGCAAUACCUCACCUUGCGAGGAUAAUGGCACUGAGCUAAACUCUUUAUGAGAUUGGAGAACAUAUUGGGGGGGAUCUUAGAUCGUCCCUCAUACAGAAUCUUUCCAGAUCUUUAAUAUCCUUCGUCUGCGCUUAUGGACUGCCCUCUUCAAUUCAAACUACAGGUUUUCAAUGCGGUUCAAGUCCAGAGACUGAGACGGUCAAGAAUUUUAGAAAACAAAUCUCUAUGUUCAUAACUUUAUUGUCCUGGUCGGAACACGGGAACAGAACGGAAACAGUGGUUAUGUUCGGAACGAAAUGAUUGAAAAAUAAUUUCGGUUCCAACCAUUCGUUACAAUAUUCUCACGAGCCCAAAACGUAAGUAGGCUAGUCCCCGCCCUGACCGCGUCAGUCAGUCAGUAGGCUACAGUCUUCGUGCAUCACAAACAGGAACAUUGAACAAGCUUGCAGUCAGAAAUAACGGAAAUCUGAGGACCACACCAGAUCCACAAGGACAUGAUUGCCGCCGCUGCCCUACAAAACACCCACCGACAAACCGCUAUAGAAUCUAGACUGCCAGACGGAUAUCACUAGGGUAAGGCACAUUUUGUUAUUGUAUUCUUACAUGAUUGAUGAUGGUCCAUGUUGUUACCAUUGCGCAUAUUUCGUUACAUUGUCUGUGUCUGUAUUUUACUGUAAAUUAGCCUACAUAUUGUUGCUAUUGCAUUGUUGCCAUGUUUACAUAGCGAUAUAGAUAUACAUUUUAACUUUGGCUUGUCUAUAGCCCAUGUAACCCGAGCCUCCUGCACUAGCUGACACUGCCUCUGAAUAAUGCUAAUAUUGAGUUAGGCAUAUACAUACUGUAUCUCAAUUAGAUAUUCUUUUGUUUAAAGAAAUAGGAAAAGUGGUGGGGAUUUCUCAAGUUUGGAUGAUGAGAUCACCUAUUCCCCCAUCCCCUCUUCCCAAAAAGGAAAGAAGAGGAAAAAUAGUUAUUAAAUAUUAUUCUGGUUAGCAGUAUGAGUGCCUAUUUAUGCAAGGCAGAGAAUUCACACCAUAUAUUAGUCUUAUACUGUAUAGCCUAAUAAUAUAUUAGUCUUAUACUGUAUAGCCUAAUACUAAACCCUUGAGUUUGUCAAUAUCCUGUGUAGAGGGGAUGGUUUAUGUUGUUCUUUAAUCAUAUCUAGAGAUGCAAUGUUGUUACCUUCUAUUAUGUGGUUUGAAGGUGAACUAGGAGAACAGUCGGCUCUAAGGUCAGCCAAUAGGCUCAGCAGUUUACAGUAUGUAGUUGAAUAAUACUUUACCGGUAGUAUAAGAUAUUUUGGGUUUUCAUUGUACAAGUUAUUGUUAAAAUAUGUCCCAAGUCACUUACAUAAGUCUGACGUUAUUGUUAUCAUUUAAGACCUAUUGUUACAAGUUCACCCCCCUAUUCUCUCAAAGUGACCCUGGAGUCUAAUAUUUUCUACAUAGUUUUUCCAUGGCCCUCCUAAUUAAUAAACCCAUCUUGGACAGGAUGUGUUAUCCUGGGGACUGACUGGGGACUGGGUGUGAUCUAUCCAGACAUUCAUGUCUGUCCCAAAUGCUACCCUAUUCCCCAUAUAUUGUAGCCCGACAGGGCUCUGGUCAAAAGUAGUGCACUAUAUAGGGUAUAGGGUGCCAUUUGGGACACAUUCAUAGUCUGUUUUGGGCACUCCCAGUAAGUCUGUGUUGGAGAUUUGCAGAGUUUCCUGUCAGGAAGAGCCAGGCAUAGGAUAAAACCUGGGCCGCCCGGACAUCCAGGCCAGCUCACUGAGUUGACAAAGCAAACAACUCAUCUAGGCUAGGGAGGAACCAUUUUCUAAAAAUGAUAAAAGGCUCUGUAGUUAAAACACCUUGUACAGUUCUUCCCGCUAUAGUUGAUUGGAGUCAAACUGAUACAGAGUGUUUAUUAAUGCCUUAUACCCAUUGGAACUUCAUAUACAUUUGUAUUAUACAAUAUACACUGAGUAUACAAAACAUUAAGAACACCUGUGCUUUCCACGAUGUUGACUGACCAAGUGAAAGCUAUGAUCCCUUAUUGAUGUCACUUGUUAAAUUCACUUAAAUCAGUGUAGAUGAAGGGGAAGUGACAGGUUAAAGAAGGAGUUUUAAGCCUUGAGACAAUUGAGACAUGGAUUGUGUAUGAGUGCCAUUCAGAGGACAUCCAGCCAACUUGACACAACUGUGGGAAGCAUUGGAGUCAACAUGGGCCAGCAUUCCUGUGGAAUGCUUUCGACACCUUGUAGAGUCCAUGCCCCAACGAAUUGAGGCUGUUCUGAUUGCAAAAGGGGGGCAACUCAAUAUUAGGAAGGUGUUCCUAAUGUUUGGUAUACUCAGUGUACAGUUGCAUUAAUACAAGUUAUGAGUCAUGUAAAACUCAUUUUAUUGAACCUGAACUAUCUUCCAUCCUUCAUGUCAAGUUACAUAAAUGCAUUAUUUCCAUGAUCUCAUGAACUCCUCAAGGAAACGGUGUGUUCAAUUGUAUGAAGGACAAUAGAGAUGAAACUAUAGGCCUAGUUAUAGAGUGAAAUCAGUAUAUCUGUGACUUUGAGACAAAGUGUUAAGCUUUCCGACUCUGGUUAAAGAUGGUUGUUUGUUUCUGGCAUGGUGGUCUAUUUAAAACAGUGCAACUGUGUUAUUAAAAGCCUAACAUAUUUAGCUGUAGCUCUCUUGAGACAUGUUUUGAUAGACUAUACACUUGUGUGGUUGUUUAGUGCUGAAGACUGUAUAUACAUUAAUUUAGAACAAAAUGAAAACCAUCGCCAAACAAACACAGUCAAGUAUAUCUAUCUAACUUCUUCUAGAAUAUGAUAUAUCUAUUAAUUAUUCAGUUGUCUCCUUAUACAUUCUAUACAUACUUAUACACAUACAUAUAUUUAUACAUAAGUAGCCUAUAUACCUACUUAUAUCAUGUAAAUGUGACAUUUUACAGAGUAAACUAUAUAGGCCAACUAAUGUAAAUGCUUCCCACUGGGCACAGACGUCAGUUCAAUGUCUAGUUUUGGUUUACAUUUGAUGGAGUUGUCAACUACCGUGAAGACAAAGUGAAAUCAACAAAAAUGUUAACCAUCUUAUUGGAUUUAGGGUAAAAGUUGGGUGAAAACAAGACACAAAUUCCUGAUAUUCCUUUACCUUGAAGAUUUUUUGUAAAUUUAAUCAGUUUUGAUUUAACCGUUGGUUCCCAGUGGGUUACUAUUCUGGUUGCAUUGUUUUACAUUUGCAUUAAUGUGCAAACAGAGUAGAAUCAUACUCAUGCUGUGAGAAAUAACUUUCCAAAGAAAGAGACUAUCGUUGGAAAAACAUUUGACAUCCUUUUGUCUUAAUGUUGAAGAAUGUUCCUCUCUGACUCAGAUGUUGAGGAUCAUUAGGAGGGCAUCCUGUGGUUGUGGAUGGUACUCCUCACAGAAAUAGAAUCACAAUAGUGAUUAGAAAUAGUGAUUCCAUUUUUAUGGUACUCCUGUCCUGUCUACUAGACCAUUAGUCAGUUGUAUAUGGCAUUUUCCACUGUUAAGCUAAAACUUAGCACACUCUGACGUAAUGGACUUUAUGCAGUAAAUUGUGCAUUAUACGGUAGCCCUAUUUGUGUUUGAAAAACAUUGCUGUUAUACUUCAUCAUUUGGAUAGAGCUCAGAGUGAGACAACAGGAAGAGGAUACCCGUAGUAAGCAGAUUGCUAAAGAUGACAAGAGAGCGGGGGAGGGAGAAAGAGAGAGAGACACCGAGAGAGAGAGAGAAAGAGAGAGAGACGGAGCGAGAGAGAGAGAGAGAGAAGGGUAGAAGGGAGGGAGGGAGGAAGGAAGAGAGAGAGAGAGAGAGAGAGGGAAGGAGGGAGGAAGAGAGAGCGUGACAGAGCGAGAAAGGGACAAAGAGAGAAAGGGGGAAGGAAAAGAGGAAAAGAGAUAGACGAGAGAGAGAGACAGAGAGAGAGAAGAGCAACAUCAGGGAUAGUAAAUGAUGAGUCAUUGUAGACAUGACAGGCAUACGCUUAUAAGGCCUUGAUGAUGCUACUAGCAUGGCUCUAUAUAUUAUGUUAGACUCUGUUGUGAUUCAGUUAUCCAUCCUAACAGGCAGAUUGUUUAGUGGAUGUCAGCCAUGAAAUUGUAAUCUAGACCAACUGCCAAAAUCUAGGCUUCAUCAUGCCUCGGUUUAUUGUUGUACAGUCAAAUCAUUAACAGUAUCACCAAGGGAAUUAUACACCCUUACAGUUACAGUACAAAUUGACACACAUGUUCAUGUACGGCCAUAUUGGGGCCUGCUAUAUUUUGGCAGAGCUAGUUUGUUUGACAAACAAGAGACAGACUGGUUAUACGGAAGGUGAUGCUUACCAUGAUAGAUAUGAUUCUGGAGUGUAUGAUUGGGUUGUCAGUGUGAGUGUAGCCCUAAUUAGUUCCAAGUAUCGUCUUGUGAAGGCUAGCUAUGUUUCCCUCUACAAUUCCCCCUGCGUGUUUAACUAGUCUGAAAGCUGGCCAUAUUGAACAUAUACAGUAGGUCAGCAUCCUCCAGGAAAGUGACAAGGCAAUUUAAAUGGAGGCUUAAAGGCACAAUCCUUCAUUCGUUUUUUCAACCAAAAGGCAGCCCUGCCACUUGGUUUGCUAUAAAGCUAAUGGAUGGGGAUGGAGAAAUUUUACCACUUUUAAAUUCAUAAAUGGAGCUAUGGUCGUAAUGAUUGGCACAUAUAAGGACUAAACAUAUUUUGAAGCUAUACAUUGUUUAUAAAUACAUUGUUUGCAAACAAUCCCUAAAUCUCUGUCCCAGCGGGAGCCAUGAUUCCUGUGACGGAGUUCCGGCAAUUCUCAGAGCAGGAGCCAGCAUUCCGGGUUCUGAAGCCCUGGUGGGAUGUGUUCACAGACUACCUCUCUGUGGUCAUGCUAAUGAUCGGAGUGUUCGGAUGCACCCUACAGGUUAGUACACAGACUACCUCUCUGUCAUCAUGCUCAUGAUCUGAGUGUUCGGAUGCACAGUACAAGGUCAGUAUCUUCAAACCGCAUAAUCUCUGCUUUCUCUGCCUCAGAGUGUCCAAAAGGCCUGACUAUCUAAUGAACAAGGUGUAUACACAUUAUAACUUUAUCUUGUAGCAUAGUCCUAUACCUAGGGGGGCAAAAGUGGUUGAAUUGGUGUCAUAAUGAGAAAUAUGUUGUAGUUCACACAGUAUGCCUUGUGCGCUGUGUAGUUAGGAUGUUAUAGCAGAUAUUAGCCUUUAAAGUAACUUCCUGAUUCACUGCUCCGUAGAUCUAAUGUGUCCUGUCCUGUAGUCACAAACAGCCCAGUGUUGGGUUCAUGUAAGCUGCACAGUAUAGCGGGAGUUUACCAACGGAAAGGGGAAGACAUUCCUGCACUCCACACACACACAGAAACUGCACUGCGCACCAAAAAUGUUCCCCCCGGCUGCCCCACCGCCUCUUCAUAAACACAUGGGCUUCAUCCGAAAUGGGACCCUAUUCCCUAUAUACAGUACCAGUCAAAAGUUUGGACACACCUACUCAUUCAAGGUUUUUUCUUAAUUUUGUUUUACAUUGUAGAAUAACAGUGAAGACAUCAAAACUAUGAAAUAACACAUAUGGAAUCAUGUAGAUUUUAGAUUCUUCAAUGUAGCCACCCUUUGCCUUGAUGACAGCUUUGCACACUCUUGACAUUCUCUCAACCAGCUUCAUGAGGUAGUUACCUGGAAUGCUUUUCCAACAGUCUUGAAGGAGUUCCCACAUAUGCUGAGCACUUGUUGGCUGCUUUUCCUUCACUCUGCGGUCCAACACAUCCCAAACCAUCUCAAUUGGGUUGAGGUCGGUGAUUGUGGAGGCCAGGUCAUCUGAUGCAGCACUCUGUCACUCUCCUUCUUGGUCAAAUAGCCCUUACACAGACUGGAGGUGUGUUUCAGGUCAUUGUCCUGUUGAAAAACAAAUGAUAGUCCCACUAGGCACAAAACAGAUGGGAUGGCGUAUCGCUGCAGAAUGCUGUGGUAGCCAUGCUGGUUAAGUGUGCCUUGAAUUCUAAAUAAAUCACAGACAGUGUCACCAGCAAAGCACCAUCACACCUCCUCCUCCAUGCUUCACGGUGGGAACCACACAUGCAGAGAUCAUCUGUUCACCUACUCUGCGUCUCUUCUUCUUAUUGGUGUCCUUUAGUAGUAGUUUCUUUGCAGAAAUUCGACCAUGAAGGCCUGAUUCACGCAGUCUCCUCUGAACAGUUGAUGUUGAGAUGUGUCUGUUACUUGAACUCUGUGAAUGAUUUAUUUGGGCUGCAAUCUUAUGUGCAGUUAACUCUAAUGUACUUAUCCUCUGCAGCAGAGGUAACUCUGGGUCAUCCUUUCCUGUGGCGGUCCUCAUGAGAGCCAGUUUCAUCAUAGCGCUUGAUGGUUUUUGCGACUGCACUUGAAGAAACUUUAAAAGUUCUUUACAUUUUCCAGAUUGACUGACCUUCAUGUCUUAAAGUAAUGAUGGACUGUCAUUUCUCUUUGCUUAUUUGAGCUGUUCUUGCCAUAAUAUGGACUUGUCUUUUACCAAAUAGGGCGAUCUUCUGUAUACCACCCCUACCUUGUCACAACACAACUGAUUGGCUCAAAUGCAUUAAGAAGGAAAGGAAUUCCACAAAUUAACUUUUAACAAGGCACACCUGUUAAUUGAAAUGCAUUCCAGGUGACUACCUCAUGAAGCUGAUUGAGAGAAUGCAAAGAGUGUGCAAAGCUGUCAUCAAGGCAAAGGGUGGCUACUUUGAAGAAUCUCAAAUAUUUUAACUUGUUUAACACUUUUCUGGUUACUACAUGACUCCAUAUGUGUUAUUUCAUAGUUUCGAUGUCUUUACUAUUAUUCUGCAAUGUAGAAAAUAGUAAAUAUAAAGAAAAAACCUUGAAUGAGUAGGUGUGUCCAAACUUUUGACUGGUACUGUUCGUAGUGCACUUCUUUUGUCCAGAGCCAUCUGGGACACAGCCAUGAUUCCAGCGACCAGUCACUUCCCUUCCCCUCAUCACUCUGACUAGCUGCAGAUAGAGAUGGUGGAGCCCUCCCUGACAGAAAAACCACAUGAAUUUCACGUGUUCCAAAAACACAUUUUGAUGCGAUCACAUGUGAUAUUAUCUGAAGUUAAUGUGAUAACAUGUGACAACAUGUGAAGUAACGUGAUAAUAUGAAACUACACAUGUGAAAUCAUGUGUUUUUCCACCUGUGAAACGUGUUUUUUCUGUAAGAGUUAACCCGAGCCGCUGUCUGCUCUUCUCCUAUAUAAACCCCUGUAGAUUAUAAGUAAUUCUUUUUUAGAAAAACCCAAAACACCACUGACAGGAACUAGUUUAUCGGGGUGGGAAUAUCCCAUGUUGUCCCUUGAGCCAAGAGAAGGAUCACUACAAAAAAAAUGACUGUUUAGAAAAACUGCUUUCACAGUUUGUAAGUAGUGGGUGAUUUCCAAACACGACCCAUCUGAUGACUCUCAUAAGUUUACAUUAGUAGUUUACAUGGUGAACUGUACUGCAGCCUAGUCAAAGCAGACAGCACUGUGCCUAAUUCAUACAUUUCCUGGCAUUAUGGAACUGUGUGUCUCAGUUUACAGUAGUGGAGGUAAACACUGUCUCUGCCAAAGGGACAUUUUUAAACUGGGAGAAGCCAAUGAAUAGCUUUACACACAAAAGUGUAGCUACCGCAUGUAGAUGGAGGGUAAGGGGGGAGGGUGAGAGAGAGAGAGCGAGAGAGAGCGAGAAAGAAAGUAAAAGAAGAGAAAGAUCGAGUGAGAUCAGGAGAGUGAGAAAGAGAGUGUGAGAUUGAGAGAGUGUGUGUGUGAGAGAGAGAGAGAGAGAGAGAGAGAGAGAGAGAGAGAGAGAGAGAGAGAGAGAGAGAGAGAGAGAGAGAGAGAUGACCAGGGUCUGUAGAAUUCUGCUGAUCUUCUCUCCAGAGACUGUACUCAGCAGGUCUGACUUUUCAUUUCUCCUGUCCUGCAUUAAAAGAGAGAGAGGCUCCCCCUUUUCCAGCUGAUCAGGCAUUUUCUUUAGACACAUUUUCCAGACACAGUCCUCUGCCUCAAGAAUCACAUGAUAUUUAGGCUAUGUCAUUGGUCUGGCUCAUAAGAAAAGCACAUCUUUACGCUGAAGAAAAACAACAAAAAAAUCUUACUGUAAAUACGUCACCACAUUCAUGAUUCAUCUAUAAUUGCAAUAGAAAAGAUAUGUAAUGUUGUAAGUGUUAUAAAAGUGCAAUGCUAUGUCAAAGCAUAACAUAUAAUUUGGUGGUACAGUAUUGCAUUGUAUUACAGCGAGUCUGUCUCCCUCUUCAGUCUAUGGUGGCUAAAACACUAAUUGGUCAUUUCCUGUCUGAGUCACAGUCCUACCAAUGUUGUCACAGCAGGAAAGGAGAAAUAACAUCCGAUAUCCGCCUCUGGUGUUUGUAUUAUCAUUGUAUCUAAGUUACUGUAAUAUACUUUUUUGCCAAUUGUAAUGAAUACAUUGGAAAUGGUACUCACUUUCCCACUGGGCACAGACGUCAACAUCUAUUCCACGUUGAUUCAAUGUAAUUGCCUAGUGGGUUAGCUGUUGUUAUUAAAAUAUAUAUAAAAGACAGCACAAAAAUAAAUGUGCCUAAUAAAAUCCUAUGAAUAUUACAAUCAGUCAACUAUUUCAAUAUUUCAGAACUGUUUACUACUCAGUUAAAGUGGUGGUGUAUAUUAUUAUUUAUUUUAUGUCAUUUAGCAGACGCUCUUAUCCAGAGCGACUUACAGGAGCAAUUAGGGUUAAGUGCCUUGCUCAAGGGCACAUCGACAGAUUUUUCACCUAGUCGUAUGCCAUCAUUGGGUCUCGUUUGACAGUUGUAUUGUGACCUUACAUUAAGGUUGCUUGCUUUAUUGUGAUUGUCUUUUUUCACGUUUAUUUUCUUUCAGGUGGUGCAGGACAAAAUAAUCUGCCUUCCACAGAGAACGUCAAUAGCGAACCAAACAAUAGCCUUACCAAAUAAAACCGAGCUGGUCUCACCUGUUGUGUCGCAGGAUGUGCAUGAGAUGAUGGGCCUGAAAACCAACCUGGACCUUCAACAGUACAGCUUCAUAAACCAGAUGUGCUACGAGAAAGCCCUGCACUGGUACGCCAAGUACUUCCCUUACCUGGUCCUCAUACACACCCUCAUCUUCAUGGUGUGUAGCAACUUCUGGUUCAAGUUCCCAGGCUCCAGCUCUAAGAUAGAGCAUUUCAUCUCCAUCUUGGGAAAGUGCUUCGACUCCCCCUGGACUACCAGAGCUCUGUCUGAGGUGUCUGGAGAGAACCCAGAGGAGAAGGUAUUGUUGGUAUGUGUUUGUACAGUAUGUACUGUAUGUAUGAAUGUACAGUACCAGUCAAAGGUUUGGACACACCUACUCAUUCCAGGGUUUUUCUUUAUUUUUACUAUUUUCUACAUUGUAGAAUAAUAGUGAAGUCAUCAAAACUAUUAAAUAACACAUAUGGAAUCAUGUAGUAACCAAAAAAGUGUUAAACAAGUCAAAAUAUUUGAGAUUCUUCAAAGUAGCCACCCUUUGCCUUGAUGACAGCUUUGCACACUCUUGGUAUUCUCUCAACAAGCUUCAUGAGGUAGUCACCUGGAAUGCAUUUCAAUUAACAGGUGUGCCUUGUUAAAAGUUAAUUUGUGGAAUUCCUUUGCUUCUUAAUGCAUUUGAGCCAAUCAGUUGUGUUGUGACAAGGUAGGGGUGGUAUACAGAAGAUACCCGGAAAAUGUCAAGAACUUUGAAAGUUUCUUCAAGUGCAGUCGCAAAAACCAUCAAGCGCUAUGAAGAAACUGGCUCUCAUGAGGACCGCCACAGGAAAGGAAGACCUAGAGUUACCUCUGCUGCAGAGGAUAAGUUCAUUAGAGUUAACUGUAUAUCAGAUUGCAGCCCAAAUUAAUGCUUCACAGAGUUCAAGUAACAGACACAUCUCAACAUCAACUGUUCAGAGGAGACUGCGUGAAUCAGGCCUUCAUGGUCGAAUUGCUGCAAAGAAACCACUACUAAAGGACACCAACAAGAAGAAGAGACUUGCUUGGGCCAAGAAACACGAGCAAUGGACAUUAGACCGGUGGAAAUCUGUCCUUUGUCUGAUGAGUCCAGAUUAGAGAUUUUUGGUUCUGCCGUGUCUUUGUGAGACGCAGAGUAGGUGAACAGAUGAUCUCUGCAUGUGUGGUUCUCACCGUGAAGCAUGGAGGAGGAGGUGUGAUGGUGUGGGGGUUCUUUGCUGGUGACACUGUCUGUGAUUUAUUUAGAAUUCAAGGCACACUUAACCAGCAUGGCUACCACAACAUUCUGCAGCGAUACGCCAUCCCAUCUGGUUUGCGCUUAGUGGGACUAUCAUUUGUUUUUCAACAGGACAAUGACCCAAAACACACCUCCAGGCUGUGUAAGGGCUAUUUGACCAAGAAGGAGAGUCAUGGAGUGCUGCAUCAGAUGACCUGAUCUCCACAAUCACCCAACCUCAACCCAAUUGAGAUUGUUUGGGAUGAGUUGAACCACAGAGUGAAGGAAAAGCAGCCAACAAGUGCUCAGCAUAUGUGGGAACUCCUUCAAGACUGUUGGAAAAGCAUUCUAGGUGAAGCUGGUUGAGAGAAUGCCAAGAGUGUGCAAAGUUGUCAUCAAGGCAAAGGGUGGCUGCUUUGAAUAAUCUAAAAUCUAAAAUCUAUUUUGAUUUGUUUAACAAUUUUUUGGUUACUACAUGAUUCCAUAUGUGUUAUUUUAUAGUUUUGAUGUCUUCACUAUUAUUCUACAAUGUAUAAUAUAGUAAAAAAAUAAAGAACAACCCUUGAAUGAGUAGGUGUGUCCAAACUUUUGACUGGUACUGUAUGUAUGUAUGUUUGUAUGUACACUGAGUGUACUAAACAUUAAGAACACCUUCCUAAUAUUGAGUUGCACCCACCCCUCCACAGGAAUGCUUGCCCAUGUUGACUCCAAUGCUUCCCACAGUUGUCUCAAGUUGGCUGGAUGUCCUUUGGGUUGUGGACCAUUCUUGAUACACACAGGAAACUGUUGAGCGUGAAAAACCCAGCAGUGUUGCAGUUCUUGACACAAACCGGUGCGCCUGGCACCUACUACCAUACCCUGUUCAAAGGCACUUAACUCUUUUGUAUUGCCCAUUCACCCUCUGAAUGGCACACAUGCACAAUCCAUGUCUCAAUUGUCUCAAGGCUUAAAAAUCCUUCUUUAAUUGGUCUCCUCCCCUUCAUCUACACAGAUUGAAGUGGAUUUAACAAGUGACAUCAAUAAGCGAUCAUAGCUUUCACCUGGAUUCACCUGGUCAGUCUAUGUCUUGAAAAGAGCACGUGUUUAUAAUGUUUUGUACACGCAGUGUAUGUAUGUAUGUAUGUAUUGUUGUAGUCAAAUGGCUGAGGAAACUCUAUGGGGUGGUUUCAUGGAGACAGAUAAAGCCUAGGCCUGGACUGAACAGUAGACUCAAUGGAGGAUCUCCUUCCAAAAUUCUUUUUUGUCCAGGACUAAGCUCAAUCUGUAUCUGGGAAACCGCCCUAUAUUGUAUAUAUUUAAAAUAUUUAAAAUAAAAUGCAUUAAUUAAUUCAUUAAUUCAUUUAUUCAUAAAAGGACAACAAGAAGAACAGUGCCAGCAGAGCGAUCCUCAACGUGUCUGUAGAGGGGAACCUGGACAACCUGGAGAAGACCCAGUCCCUCAAAUCCAUCCCAGAGAAGAUCGUAGUGGACAAGCCCACAGCCAGCGCCCUGGAUAAGAAAGAAGGAGAACAAGCCAAAGCUCUGUUUGAGAAGGUGAAGAAGUUCCGCCUGCACGUCGAGGAAGGGGACAUCCUCUAUGUUAUGUAUGUUCGCCAGACUGUUCUCAAGGUGUUCAAGUUCCUCCUCAUCAUCGCGUAUAAUAGUGCUUUAGUCUCUGAGGUGCAGAUCACAGUGAAGUGCAGUGUGGACAUACAGGACAUGACGGGAUAUAAGCAUUUCUCCUGUAAUCACACCAUGGCCCACCUGUUCUCUAAGUUGUCAUACUGUUACCUGUGCUUCGUGGCUGUGUACGGAUUCACCUGCCUCUACACUUCCUACUGGCUCUUCUACCGCUCUCUGAAGGAGUACUCCUUUGAAUACGUGCGGCAAGAAACGGGAAUCGAUGACAUCCCAGACGUGAAGAAUGACUUUGCCUUCAUGCUGCACAUGAUCGACCAGUACGACCCACUGUACUCCAAGAGGUGCAAAGUUAUUUUUAAUUAGAAAAUGGUAAAUUGUUUCAAGUAAUUUAGCUCUUCGUUGCUGUUGAUAAGUAUGUAAUGCCUCCAAUUGUAAAACAAACCAUUCGGGUGCCGUUGUAUGGCUGCCCUGUGCUCCAUCCGUUCGAAGGGGUUGGAAUAAAGCAGAACACAAAAGCAGAAGUUGCCAUGGCACAUCUUUCUACAUUGGACAUUAAAGUAUUAUUCUUCUCGCUUUCUCUCUCUCUCAGGUUCGCAGUGUUCCUGUCUGAGGUCAGUGAGAACAAACUGAAACAGUUGAACCUGAACCACGAGUGGACACCAGAGAAGCUACGUCAGAGACUGCUGACCAACCACAACAACAGACUGGAGCUGCAGCUCUUCAUGCUGUCUGGGCUCCCGGACACCAUCUUCGAGGUGACAGAGCUCCAGUCCCUGAAGCUAGAGAUCAUCAACAACGUAACCAUCCCAGCCUCCAUCGCCCAGCUGGAAAACCUCCAGGAGCUGUCUCUGUAUCAGUGUUGUUUAAAGAUCCACACCACAGCCACUUCCUUCCUCAAGGAGAACCUUAAGGUAUGCUAUUCUGGUAGUAUUUUGGUGUGGCAGUUUUUAUUUGUAUUUGUUAUUAAUAAAGUAUCUAUCUAUCUUUAUCUAAGGUGCUCAGGGUGAAGUUUGAUGACAGCAGGGAGCUGCCUCAUUGGCUGUACCACCUGCGGAAUCUAGAGGAGCUCUACCUCAUUGGCUCACUGAGUCCUGACGCUUCUAAGAAUGUGGUUCUGGAGUCUCUGAGGGAGCUGAAGAAUCUGAAGACCCUGUCGCUCAAAAGUAACUUUACAAAGAUCCCCCAGUCCAUCGUGGACGUGUCCAGCCACCUGCAGAGGCUGUACGUUUACAACGAUGGCACUAAGCUGGUGAUGCUCAACAACCUGAAGAAGAUGGUGAACCUGACUGAACUGGAACUGGUUCACUGUGACCUGGAACGCAUCCCACAUGCUGUCUUCAGCCUCACGAACCUACAGGUAUGAUAUGCCGUACUUUGAAUGCCUGCUAUGAUUGCCUACAGUGUCUCCACACUGAGUGGUCCACAAUGUGGUUUUUAAAUAUGUAAUGACUUAUUCUUUUCAGCUCCUAGUUGAGCAAAGGGCCUUAAAGGUGUAUCUCCAGCUAACUCUGUUCUGGGUGGUUUUCUUGACCUCAAAUAUGUCUUAUGUAUUGCCAAUUGCUGUAAUAUUGUGGAGUGACACUUAAAACACAUUUGUAUAACUCUAACUCUGCAGGAGUUGGACCUGAAGGAAAACAACCUGCACUCCAUUGAGGAGAUAGUCAGCUGCCAACACCUCCACAAGCUGACGUGCCUGAAACUCUGGCACAAUAGUAUCUGCUACAUCCCCGAGCACAUCAAAAAGCUGGGCAGCCUGGAGCGCCUAUACUUUAGCCACAACAAGAUAGAGAUCUUGCCCUCGCACCUGUUCUUAUGCAACAAGCUUCGUUACCUGGACCUGUCAAACAACGACAUCCGGUUCAUUCCGCCGGAGAUCGGCGUCCUACAGAGUCUUCAGUACUUCUCUGUUACGUGCAACAAGAUCGAGAACCUCCCAGACGAGCUCUUCUUUUGCAAGAAGCUCAAAACCCUCAAGCUGGGCAAGAAUACGCUGUCAUUGCUCUCACCAAAGAUCUCAUACCUGGUUCUAUUGACACACCUGGAACUGAAGGGCAACCAUUUUGAGCUCCUGCCUCCAGAGCUACGGUUCUGCCGGGCGUUGAAGCGUGGCGGCCUAGUGGUGGAGGACGUCCUGUUUGAAACCUUGCCUUCUGAUAUCAGAGACAAAAUGAAGGCUGAGUGAAAUGCCUUACAGUAUCUGUGCAAAAGGCCCUGCGAUACAUUAGCGUCCUGUCCAGGGGGUGUACUUGUACAUCAAACUGCCUCACACUACAUAAACAGGAGAUUGGCUCCUGCCCUAUGGGCCAUUCUGGCUCAGACAAGGCAAAUUACUUAUAUGUGCAAAAAGCAAAUGCCAAUUUUGUCUCAAUCUGACAAUCAUAGUGUAUACUUAGUUUAUCAUGAUCAAACUCUAAGCACUCUACUGUUCUGGGGGGGAAAUUGUGAUAUUCAUGCACAGCAAAUUCUCCAGUGUUAAAUCAACACUGACAGUGACAAUGUUUUCUAUAAGGGACCACACGAUUAACACUUUUAGUGUUAUGCAAUAACACUUCAUAUAGUAUUUUUAACACUAGGAAGUGUAUAUAGUUUACACUAAUGGUGUUAUGCAAUUACACCUCAUAUAGUAUUUUUAACCAUUACGCAUAGAGGUCCGUAUCUGUUGACAAGGUCGCUGGUGUUGGAUUAAGGACGUUACAAUAAUAAUAACUAUUUAAUGCUACAUGCACUUAUGUAAGCAUUUACAAAGACUUCAGGACUGGCAGCAGACAUAUUUAAACUUCAAUAAGUAUAACCAUAGACCACUUACACUGGUACAACACUUCCACUCAUGGGUGGCCAAAAACAACUAAUUUAAAGCCACGCCUCAACUAAGCCUACUAAACCUCCAAUAUAAUUUCCCAGUGCCUUGCCUUUUCGAGUGAAUUGUAGAUUUACCACCCAUGACUGUAUUUGUUAGUGACAGAGACAUGGUUGUUGAAUUCAUUCAUUUUCAGUCCUGUGGACUUCACCGAGUGAGUUACCACUGGAGGUGAAUGUUAUCAUUAAAAUGUAACUCUUUAGGGCAAUACAUUAAAUAUAUAAGGCCUUACUUUGAUGGCCAAGUUUCACCCUAACACAGUGGUGUUAGGAACAUCCUGGUGUACAGGCCACAUCUGCAAGUCACAUUAUGCAGGCUUGCAAAGUGAUGUGUAAUUCCUAUAGGAAACCAGCCAGAGUUUUAAUCAUUCAGAAUGACUGUCAGGGUUAGGAACAUUGUGAGGAGACUACCUAAACCAGGGAUGGGAAACUCCAGUCCUCAGGGGCCAAAGUGGUGUCACACUUUUUCCCCAUCCCUAGCAAACACAGCUGAUUAAACUAAUUAAAAAAAUUCUAAAUUAGCUGGGGCAAAAUUGUGACACCAAUCAGGCCCCCUGGGACCAGAGUUGCCCAUCCCUGACCUAAACCAUUUAAACUGGAACAGCCAUUUCAGUAAUGGAUGCAAUAAAUUUAACUAUCUGAUUGGAUUAGUUGAGAAAAAUGUAUGUUAUUUAAAAAUGUUAUUUGUGUACCAUAACAUUAAUCAAUCAAUCAAUCAAUCAAUGUACAUGCGAAAACACAGAUAUUAAAAACAAUCCUAAAAGUGACUAACUGCAGUAGAGCAUGCUGGGAAAUCUGAUGGCCGUGGUUUUGAUGGGAAUGUUUUCCUCUCCACAUAGUAAAACUGACACUAUUACAUUCUCAGACUUAACACUGGUUAUUAAUACCAACACUGGGGUUAUUUUACACUACUGAGUGUUAAUUUCACUCUUACAGAGUUCAUUUAACUCUUGAAUCAACACUAGAAAUGUUACACUGAAAAAUCAACACUAGAUAACACUGGCCAAUUUGCUGUGUGGGUGUAUGUUUUGAGUAAUAUGUCUAAGUGUUACUUCAUGUCAGAAGGGAAUAUGGCUUUGUGAUGUAAUGAAAUGGUUCUUAACAAUAUAAUUAGUCACAGGAAAUGUAUAUUUUGUAGUGGUGCGCGGGUCAGCUGUUUGUUCACCCGCGUCUGCCCGCAAUUGCUAAUAACCCAUCCACAACCGCCCGUCUAUAUGUGAUAAAGUGAAAAUCUGGCCCUAACUUGCUAAUAUAGAAAAUGUGCUGUAGGAUAGUGAGAGACGGCAGAACGAUUUGACAGGGGGUGCAGGAAUCUUUUUUGCCCGAUUUAGAUAUGUUUCUGCUUAUAAUUUCCAACAUUUUGGUAGGCUAUUUGUUAGUCAACUUAUCUAUAAUUAGAUACAUGAAGCUUCUCUUAUGUCACUAGGCCAAAUGUUGCCCUAGAAGACUAAGUAAACCCUUGCUCACCAGAAUAAUGUCAUACAUCGAUAGAAUGAAUGCUUCAAUCUAGUUGACAUCGGUAAAGUUUUCCCUGUCUCUGCUUCUUUCUUGGAGCAAAGGUGUUUAGGAGUGGGAGGGGAUAGAAAGAUUUUCUGUGCAAAAUUUCCAAAUGACAUCAGUUUGACCGGUUGUAAGGAAAUAGGAAGGUGUGAAAUCGACCCAACAUGUUUCUGAUAGGAUUUCAGUUCAGCUUGGAUGCAUAUUUUAUGUGGUUGAAAUAGCUUACUAUAAGCUUUUAUGAUGCUGAUAAAGAUAGCACCUCUACAGACGGUAUCUAACUGCGCAUUCGCAUUCUGUCAAGAUGCUGAAAGAAAGAAAUCGAAUUUCUCCACUCCUGUUCCCGAGUCAAAAUGUAGCUUACAUUUGGUGUAUCAUUUUACUUAAAGAAAUGCUUAAUUCUGCAGGAGUUCAUAUUAAGGCUGUGUGAGAGGUUAUAGACUUACAAUCAGUGUCCAGAUUUCAGUUUCCAUUUAACUCAUUUGAACAGUAGGCUACAGUUCCCUUGACAUGCCAUAGGCCUAUUUGAAGUCCGUCUUGUGACUGUCUAAUUGGUAUAGCGCCUCACAAUCAUCACACACAACACUGCUAUCAUCCUCUUUUACCACUUCACCAAAUCUUUCCCAAACAUUACUUUUCUGGCCCUCUCUUCUCUUUAUUUUCAAUUCUCCAUUUCGCAGCUUUUCUCUUAUCGAAUUAAAGUCCGACAUUGUCCUUUUUGCCUCCAUGGAUAGACGUUCACUUUUUUCUGCCCAUUCCCAAAUGCAUUUUGGAGUUUGGCGUGUAGGCUAUUUGGAGCAUGUACAGUUAGGCCCUAAAGAUAAAGCUUACGCACUAAUGCCAGAUAGCCUAAAAUAAUGAAAGAAAACGUCAAUGUAGCCUACAGAUAUAUAUUUCACAAGAAUGAUAGGCUACAUUUAUGGAUUUUCUAAGGUAUUGUUUUUUAAGGUAUUCAACCCGCCUGUCACCCACCUGCCCUUCAUCCGCACAAUAUUGAAUAACCCUAAACCUGCCCGCCCGCGGAUAUAACCGCGGGGACUGCGGGUUAUGAUUCAACCCGCGCAUCACUAAUACUUAGCCUGGGUACCAGUCCAUUUGUGCUAAUAUUUGACUCCUUGUACUCUGUGUCAUAUGGCAAACAUAAUGUUUGUCAUGGGGUGGCAAGGAGUGGAAUGAUAGUACAAACAGAUCUGGGGCCAGGCUAAGGUAUACGGUCUAUCAGAGGAAAUCAACAACAGGAUUACUUGUUCUUGUAUUGUUGAUAUUGUUAUUUAUUACACUGUUAUACUGUAUUAUGCAGUGUCUAG